AUGGGUAAUAAUGGUAACAAAGAAACAAAAGAAGAAAAAACAUAUGUGAAUAAUCAUCAGCCUGAAUCAAUUGUAUCUAAUACAAUUCAUGAUUCAGAUUCUCAAUAUGAAUCAGAAUCUGAAUUACCAAAAGAAUCGCCAAUACCAAAGACACAACAUGACAAACUAAAGGGUCCAUAUAAUGAACGACCUCUUGAAUUGUCAUGGUUACAACAGAAUAAAAGUCAUGAUAAUUAUAAUCGAAUGAAUCAUCGUCAUCAACAUAGUCAUCGGCAUCAUCAUCAUGAUCAUCAUCAUCAUCAUCAAGAACAUCUGCGUCGAAAACCAUUAGCAAUUAAUAGAUGGCCUAAAGAUAAUGACCAGAUUACCACGGAAGAAUCAACUGCUGGUGCAGUACACACGGCAACAGUUAUACUUAAUGAUGGUGUUACAAUUGUCUUACCACCUGGAACCACAGCUACAAUUCUUGCUGAUGAUGUAACAACAACUUCUGGUGGUAGCACCGAAACAACUGCAGACGAUACUACUAUCGGCGCUACUACAGUAGAAGCAGCAGCAACAACUGCCGAUGUUACUAUUGAAGCAUCAACUACUGCUGAAGAUACUACUGAUGUACCUACAACAGCUAAACCAGGAAAUGGUCAUCAAACAGAAGAAACAACAACUGAUAUAACUACUAUUAAAGAUGAAACAACAGUUGCUGACGAUGCUACGACCGAUAGUGCAACAACUCAAGCUAUUACUAGUGAUGGCGCUACGACCGAUAGUGCUACUACUCAGGCUGUUACUACUGAUGACACUACGACCGAUGGUGCUACUACUCAGGCUGUUACUACUGAUGACACUACGACCGAUGGUGCUACGACCGAUGGUGCUACCACCGACGGUGCUACCACCGACGGUGCUACAACUGAUCAAGCUACGACCGAUGAUUCUUCCACUGAUGGUGCUUCGACUGAUGGAGCUUCGACUGAUAGUGCUUCGACUGAUGGUGCUUCGACUGAUGGUUCUUCUACCGAUGGUGCUUCGACUGAUGGUUCUUCUACCGAUGGUGCUUCGACUGAUGGUUCUUCUACCGAUGGUGCUUCGACUGAUGGUUCUUCUACCGAUGGUACUUCGACUGAUGGUUCUUCUACUGAUGGUGCUUCGACUGAUGGUUCUUCUACUGAUGGUACUAGUACCGAAGCAUCAACAGAAGAUCAUAGUGUAACUAGUACUGAAACAUUGACAACAGCGACAGGCGCAGAAGAUACAGAUGCAUAUUAUGAUGAUCAAAACGAAGAAAAUAAACAGCCACAAAAGACAACUACAGUGCCUGAAAAUGCUAACGACAAUGAAGAAGAUGAUGCUAUUGAAGAUGGAGAUGUUAAAACAACAACAAUAAUAAUAACAACAACAACAACAACAGUAAAAACAACUCCAAAAGCAGUGAAUGACAUAGAAGAUUCAUCAGAUGAUGUUGAAUAUUAUGAUGAGAAUAAAGAGGAAGAAGGACACGCAACUCCUGAAGUAUCACCCGUUCCGAGUCCGACAAACUCUACCGAGCCAUCAGACGUGAAACCGGAUCAAGGCGGUCGAAUAGAACUUCAUGUAAUUGUCAGCCCAACACAUCUGGAAGUUCGACGUGGCCAAACAGUUGAAUUAACUUGUACCGUUCAUGGUGGUGAUUCAAAUACAAAUAUUUACUGGAUUCAAGAAGAACCUGAACGACGUUACGCUUCAUUAGAUCCAGCUCAACCAAAUGAUAAACAAGUACAAAGAUCAGAAGUUAUAUCAAAAGCACGUAUUACACUUGACGAUCCAAGUAAAAUUGGUAAAUAUACAUGUAUGGCACAAGAUAAUUCUGGAAACAGUGGUGCAGCUAUCGUUACUAUGCAAGAAACUGAUGGUGGUUAUCGUCCACAACCAGAAUAUCCAGAUGUUGAACCCUCACCAGAUGGUCAAGGCACUUUACGUAUUAUUGCACCAGAUAUGAGUGAUGGUGAUUAUGUCGAAAUUCAAUGUGAAGGUGCAGCACCAGAAGACCAAGCACGUAUUCAAUGGCACUUCAAUAAUCGACUUAUUACGGAUGAACAACCACUUUAUCCACGUGGUAAAACUCUUCAUAUUCGUCCAAUUUCACGGUCAUAUUUGGGUACUUAUCGAUGUUCUAUUCCUGGUAGCGGUUAUACAGAUGCUAAUAGUGUUUUGACAUUCGCGGUUGACCCUGUUCAACCAGUAUCACCCACUGGUGUAUGCGGUGUUGAUGAAGCAAACUGUCGUAACGGUCGAUGCAUCCCUCGUUCAUAUAUUUGCGAUGGUAAAAAUGAUUGUGGUGACAAUAGUGACGAAAGUUGUGGACAAGCUGAUGGAGGUGGUUCUGAUGUAUGUCAACCAAAUGAAAUUCAUUGUUCAAAUCCUAAUCGUGGAAGAAAAUGCGUUCAGAAAUUUUGGAUGUGUGAUGGUGACCGUGAUUGUGAUGAUGGAAGUGAUGAACAACAACAUUAUUGUGAAUUACUUCCACGACAACGUUAUUGUAAACCAAGUGAAUAUCAAUGUCAAGGUGUUAAUGAUUCAUAUGGAAAUCCAGUAUGUAUUCCACGAUCAUUUCAAUGUGAUGGUCAUAGUGAUUGUCCUGAUCGUUCGGAUGAAGUUGGUUGUGUUAAGCCAAUAAUUAUUUCAUCACCAGAACGUCAAAUUCAAAUCAAUGCUGGUGAAACAUUAACUAUUCGAUGUACUGCUCGUGGUUCACCAGCACCAUAUAUUAAUUGGCGUCUUAAUUGGGGACAUAUAUGUGGUGAUGGCUCUGAUAACGGCCGUUGUACAAUGGGACAAGCUUUAGAUGCACAUGAUCCAACAGUUGUUAUUGGUACACUUACAAUUCGUAAUGUCAAUCGAAAUGAUGCUGGUGCUUAUUCAUGUGAAGCCCUUAAUAAUCAAGGUUUUACUUUUGCUAUUCCUGAUGCCAUUGUUCAUGUUCUUAUUGACGUUCCUACACAACCACCACCGACACCAGCACCAUGUAAUUGUCAUGGUCAUUCAUCAUAUUGUACACCAGAUGGAAUAUGUCAAAAUUGUCAACAUAAUACAGCUGGUCAUUAUUGUGAAUAUUGUGCUGCAGGUUAUCAAGGAGAUGCCCGUCGUGGAACACCAUACGAUUGUCAACCAAUACCACCCGCUCCUGUCUCACAUUGUGAUCCAUCUGGUACACAUAUGGAACGUAAUGGUCGUUGUGUUUGCAAGUACAAUGUUCAAGGUGAUCGAUGUGAUCAAUGUAAACGUAGUCAUUUCUAUUUAAAUCCAACAACACCAAACGGGUGUUUACCAUGUUUUUGCUCGGGUGUAUCAAGUGAUUGUACAUCUACGGAAUGGCGACGACAAGCUACCUCACUUCCAUUAAAUAAUUGGAGUGCUGUACCAAAGAAUUUUGCUACUGAUCCAUAUGAAGCACGUGGCCGUAUUCAACAACGUCAUGGUGGACAUGAAAUAACUCUUGAUCAAAGUUCAUUAGGUCGAUCAAAUAAUGAAGUUCUUUAUUGGAAAGCACCAAAAGAAGCUCUUGGUGACUAUGUUACAUUAUAUGAUGGUCAUAUUGAUAUACAUUUUACUAAUGAUGGUAAUGAUCAUGAAGCACCAAGUAAUGAUGAAUUUAUUUGGUUACGUGGUAAUAAUAUUGAUCUUGUUCAUAAACUUCCUCAAACACAACGAUUUCAAGCAAAUCGUAAUGCUACUUAUUCGAUACCAUGUAAUGAGAGAACAUUUACACGUAAAGAUGGUUCACAUAUUGAUCGAGAAAAUAUUCUGAUGGCUUUAUCAGACUUGGAUAGUUUACUUAUUAAAAUAAAUCCAGUUGGUGGUCGACGUAAUGCUGUUCUUCGUGGUGUUACUUUACACGCUGCUAAGCCUGCUGGUUAUGCUGAUGCAGCACCAACAGUUGAAUCAUGUCGUUGUCCAGCUAAUUAUACUGGUACAUCAUGUGAAAAAUGUGCUGAAGGUUAUGGUCGUCCACAUCCAUUAGUUGGUAUUUAUUUGGGUCAAUGUUGGUCUUGUCGAGCACUAUGUCAUGAACGAUCAGAUCAAUGUGAUCGAGAAACUGGCAGAUGUUUGAAUUGUCAAGGUAAUAGUGAUGGUGAUCGAUGUGAACGAUGUCGUCCAGGUUAUGUACUUGAUGGGCGAAGCCAUCAAUGUGUACGAGAUGAUUAUUAUCAACCACAUCCACAACCACAACCACAACCACAACCACAACCAGAACCAGAACCAGAACCAGAACCAGAACCAGAACCAGAACCAGAACCAUCAGAGGAUACUGAUGUACAAGGUACAUAUUAUUUGGAUCAAAGACCAUAUGAUCCACAUAAUCCAACACAAAUAAAUAUUGUUUUGGAUGGUAAUCAACCAGAACAACGUGUUCCACUUCAAGUUCAUCAUGCUCAACCACAAUCGGUUGUGUGGGGUCGUACUGAUGGUAGUUCAUUACCAGCAGGAGUUUUUCAAGAUGGUUAUGAUCUUAUCUUUCGAAAUCCAUCACCUGAACAAGCUGGAAAUUAUAUUUGCACAAUAACGCAUCCUAAUGGUUUUACUCAACGUAUUCCUGUUUAUAUAAGUUAUCAUCCAGAAUGGUCCUAUGACCGUCAUCCGCCAGUAUUUACUCCAGCAAGUCCAUUAUCAAUUAAUGAAGGUGCAAGUCAAUUAAUUCAACCCCCAAGUGACUUUAAUAGAGCUCAAUGUACGCGUGAUGAUGGUCAACCACUUCCAUCAGGUAUCCAACAACAUGGUAAUUCUUUACAAAUCACUAGUGCUCGUCCUGAUCAUUCGGGUACUUAUUAUUGUGAAUUAUAUACUGCUGAUGGUAGAUCAGUUAGAGCUUCAUAUGAAAUUCAUGUACGACCCAGUGAACGACCUCCAUCACCUGGUGGCACUCCACCACGAGUAACUAUUCAUCCACAAAGAAUCAACUUAAAAGAAGGUCAGCGUAUGAUCGUUCAAUAUUCAGUUGCUUCUCACGAUCCAAUUGAAGUCGUUUGGAGUAAAUUAACUGAUCAAGGUUAUCAAUCAAUUCCAUCGUUAUUUACUGUUGAACAAAAUCGUCUUGUACUUAAUCGUGCUACACCUGAAGCAGCUGGUACUUAUCAAGUUACUGUACGUAAUCCACAUGGUGAAGAUCGACAAGACUUACAUAUUAAUGUUGAACCAAGACGUGGUGGUCGUAAUCGUGGUCAACAAGCAGCUGCACCACAAAUCAAUCUUCAACAAGAUCAAUAUGAAAUUGCACAUGGUGAAAAACUUGAUAUAGUACCAAAUAUUUAUGGUUUAAAUGGAGGAACAGCAACAUGGACAAAAGAUGGUUCAGCGGAUUUACCUGAUGGUGUAACUACACGUAAUGAUGGCGCAUUACAUAUUGAAGGUCGAUCAGAUGAUGUUGCAGGACAAUAUACUCUUGAUGCAACUAAUUCUCAUGGUCGAGCAUCAAAAUCUCUUAAUGUUCGAUGGAAAGAAACACGUGAUGAUCAUGAUGGUUCACGUAGUUUUAUUAAUGUUCGUCUUUUAUCACGCGAUGAUGUAGAAAAUCUUCAAGUUGGACGUGAUAUUCGUUUACACUGUGCUGUUCAUGGUAGUGUUGAACGUCCAUAUGAAUAUACAUUUACAAAAGAUGGUGGACCAUUACAAAAUAAUGUUGAAGUACAUCCAAACGGUGAAUUAAUUAUUCGUAAUGCUCAAGCAAGUGAUGCUGGUCAUUAUCGAUGUGAAGUUGCUUUCCCACGUGCACCUGGAAUCAGAACACAACAAAGUAGUUAUGAUCUUCAACUUGCAGGUGGUUCAGCAGAAGGUUAUGAACACAAGCAUCAAAAUGGACAUGAACAUGCUCCACCAUCUGAUUAUAUUCAAGUGAUUGCUGAUCCAUCCGAAGUAACUCUUGGACAUGGUGAAAAAGCAACAAUUACAUGUCGAGUUGAAGGUGCUGACCAAUAUAAAGUAACAUGGGGCCAAUAUGCACAUGAUACAAGUCUUCCAAAUUAUGCACAUCAAGAAGGAAAUAAUGUUAUAGUAGCACCAACACAUGAUUCACCUGCUGGACAAACGUACUUGCAAUGUCAAGUUGAUGUUCCAGGUCAUGAUCAACCACAUCAUGCUUAUGUACCGGUCACUAUUCGCGGUGGAGAUGAGUCGACUAUUCGUCUUAAGCCAAAAUUAUUAAUUGAACCAUCAACACAUAUUCGAACAUCAAAAGGAGACAAAUUGCGUAUAAAAUGUUUUGAUCCAUAUGAAACUUAUUCAACUGCAAUUCGUUGGUUUAGAAAAGAUACUACAUUGAUAAUAUUACCAAAUCAACAUUCAAAUGGUAUUCUUGAUUUCGACUACGUAUUAGAUUCAGAUAUUGGUCAAUAUGUCUGUCGUGGCGAAAAUCGAGUUGGCUUCACUGAAGAAAUAGUUACACUUGAGAUUACUGGAUCUGCACCUUCUAUUAUUAUCUUACCAAAAGUGAAUAAUCGAUAUCUUCAAGUACCAUAUUAUUCAACUCAAACCAUCGAAUGUCUAACUGAAGAUCAUAGCACAACAGUAGAUAUCACUUGGCGUCGUGCUGAUAAUAAUUAUUUGGAUAUAUCAAAAACAACAACGCUUUUUCCAUCGGACAUGCCUUUACAAUUCGAACAUAGUGGUACAUAUAUAUGUAUUGCCACAAAUGAAUAUGGUUCUACUUCAGAAACGAUUACUCUUGAUGUUCAACAAAUGACGCAUGAAAUCUCAAUUGAUAUUGAACCUACAAAUAUAUUUACUAUUAAUAGUGAAAUACGUUUUAAUUGUAAACUAUCACAAUCAAAUAAUAUUUGGUGGUCAUCAACAAAUCAUCAUGAACGAGAAAAUAAUCCACUUACAUUUUAUGUAGAACCAAAUCAUAUUAAUCAAAAAUUUACAUGUCAUGCAAAAGAUAUUAAUGGAAAAUUACAUAGUAAAAUAAUUCGUAUUCAACGUUAUUCAGCAGAACAAUUAAUGGCAGUUAUUAUUAAUGAUGAAGUUGCAAGAAGUUUAUCAGCUAAUCAACGAAAAACAAAAACACCUAAACUUCAUAUUAAAUUAAUUACUUCUCGAACGGAUAUUAAAGUAGGUGGAAUCGUUGAGUUACAUUGUUAUGUUGAAGGUAUUUUACCUGAUAAAUUAUCUUGGUCAUUUCAAUCAGGUUUACUGCCCAGCAAUACACAUGUAACAAAUGAUGGUCAUUUAUUAAUUUUUAAUUUCGAUACAGACAAUCUAGGAACAUAUACCUGUUCAGUAGAAACUCAUACUAAACGUGUUUCACAAUCAAUUGAAUUUCAACCAAAUGAUAUAUCUAAUAAUAAUAUAAAAUCAUUACUUUCAUAUCAAGUCUAUUCAUCUCGUUCGGAUUAUCAUAUUGGUGGUCGUCUGCUUAUUGAAUGUAUUUCUUCAGAUCCUAACCUUUCAAAAGUAUGGAUAAAAAAACAAAGAAAAUUAAAUAAAAAUAUAUCCGAAACAUAUCUUUUUAUAAAUAAACUAAGUCAAAAAAAUAUUGGUCACUAUCGAUGUUUAUCAUCAAAUGAAAGUCAACAAUCAUCAAUCGAUUUUAAGAUUACAUCUUCAAAUCUUCGUUCACAUAUAUUUCCAAUAGAAAAGACUUCAAAUCUUCAUAUUGAAUUUCUUUCAUCAAUACGUCAAAUAAAACUUGGUGGAAAUAUUCUUAUUAAUUGUUCUUCAUCCGAUAAAAAACCAGUACAAUGGUUAUUAAAUAAACAAAUAGAUGGAAUAGUAUUAAAUAAUUCUUAUCUUAAUAUACCGAAAUUUACAAAUAAUCAUUUCGAUUAUUAUCAUUGUGUAAGUAAUAAUGAACGAAAAUAUUUAGUGUUAUCUCCAAGUUUAUUUGAAUUUGUAACAAAAAUUAAUUUACCAAAAAUAAAUCCAAAUAAGUAUGAUAAAUCUUUUAUUGAAAUUAUUCAAGGAAAAUAUAUUGGAGAUAAUAUUACUUUAAUAUGUCGAAUAGGACGAGAUGUUUCACAAGGAAAAGUAGUUUGGUCAAAUUCUCCAACACCUAAUAAUCAUUUUUAUGUUCGUGGUCCUCGUUUAGAAUUUCGUCCAUUUAAAUUAGAACAUCAUAAUCAAUAUAAAUGUCUUAUUAAAUCGACACAAUCAAAUGAAAUUUUACGUACAUUAAUAUUUAAUACACAUUCAAAUAUUUACGAACAAACAGAUAGAAAACCAAAAAUGAAUUUAACAAUCGAUACAUCACAUUUAUUUAGCAAUGGUGAAUUAAGACUUAUUUGUAGUACAGAUAAUUUAAAUCAAUAUCAUCAAUGGACAUUUGAUGAUCAAAUACCAAGAUCAAAAAUUCAUUAUGAAUUAUCAAUGAAUGAUAAUACAUCAAUUAUGAUAAUACCGGAUUUUGAUCUUGAAGUUGAUUUAGGAAAAUAUGAAUGUUCAACAACAAAUAUUUAUGGCACAACAAUGAGAUUUAUUAAUAUUGAUAGAGAUAUUCGUCGAGAAAGUACUGCUGAUGAAUCCCAUCUAUUAAGCAAACGAGGUAGUACUGCUCUUGAACAAAAGCCUCCUAGCCGAAAAGAAAGUAAUGCUUCUGAACACGAAGCACCCAGCAAACGAGGAAGUACUGUCUAUGACCAACAUGCUUCCAGUCGUCGAGAAAGUACUGCUGAUGAAUCCCAUCUAUCAAGCAAACGAGGUAGUACUGCUCUUGAACAAAAGCCUCCUAGCCGAAAAGAAAGUAAUGCUUCUGAACACGAAGCACCCAGCAAACGAGGAAGUACUGCCUAUGACCAGCAUGCUUCUAGUCGUCGAGAAAGUACUGCUGAUGACUCCCAUCUAUCAAGCAAACGAGGUAGUACUGCUCUUGAACAAAAGCCUCCUAGCCGAAAAGAAAGUAAUGCUUCUGAACACGAAUUACCUAACAAACGACAAAGUUUUACUACAGAACAACAAAUAUUAAGUCGACGAGAAAGUAGUACUGAUGGACAUAAAGUAGCUAGUCGAAAGGGUAGUACAACUUUUCAACAGCAACCAUCAAGUAAAAGAGAAAGUUCUUCUCCAGAACAGCACAUAUUUAGUCAACGAGGAAGUCACCAAGAAGUAUCACCAAGUCGUCGAACAAGUACAAAUCGAGAUAAUCAAUCAUCGAGUCCACGCCGUUCAGGUGUUGUUAAUAAUAUAUCUUCAUCACAAAAAUCAAGUCGUCGUAGUAGUUUAACCAAACAAGAACAUCAACCAACUCCUGUUCAUGUUAAUGAAGAUCGUCAUCUUUCACCGUUAAAUAUCAUUGAUGCAAAUCAGCAACAAAUAAAACAUGAAUCAAAUUCAUUACAUAGAGAUGUUCCAUCAUCAGACACAGAUGUUCCGGUUCGAACAUCAGCUAAACAUAAACAAAAACGUACACCAUCUAUUGAGAAACGGCAAAAGUCUUCAUCAACAGUUGAUGAAAAUGAUAAACAUCAAUCAUCAUUCCAGCGACGUUCUGGUCAACAAUCACAACGAAGUUCAAAUUUAGCUUCUGAUGAAACUGUUGUAACGCCUAUUAUUAUGGAUUCAUCAAACGUUCGACAACACAGUGAAAAUCGUACAUCACGAAUGGAUUCUGAUAAUGAAUAUAUGUCAAAGCCAAAAUUACCUCCGGUUAAUUCUUCAUUUAAAAAAAAAACACAUCAUUCAGAAACAUUAAACAAACAAAAAAUAUCCAGAUCAAAUCGAUUAGAAAUGCAACCAUUAUCAUCAUCACGCGCUUCCACACAAAGUGACGAGGCGCGACCACCACAUUGGACAAAAAAUGUACCUAUUCCAUCAAUUCAUUUAAUUGAUGAUGAUGUUGGAUCACCACGUGAAGAACAACCAAGACCACAAUCACCAAAUGCUGAACAAAUAGCUGAACGUAAUCAACCACCAACACCACCAAUAACAAUAACAUCAGUAAAGAAACGAAGUGUUGCAGAUGGACACAAACAAAAAGAACAACAAUUUAUAGCACGUCGAAGUGCCAGUGUUGAUUCAAUGAAUCAUAUUCCCAUGGUAGAUGAUAAUUCACUUGAUUCAGCAUCAGAAAAUAAUUCAGAUUUUGAGUCAAAGAGACGACGACAUAUGAAACCAAAAAAGAAAGAUGUUCAAACAAAUACUGACGAAACAUAUGAUAUUCAACAACAAAACCAACAGCGUAGCUUUUUCGAUGACAGAGAAUUAACUUCACAGAAACCAUUAAAGGCAACCAAACCAAUAUCGGAUCAUUUCCAUUCAACACGUCGACGUGCUCCAAAUAAUGAACAAAUAUUAGCAACCCCUGAUACAAUAUCAAAUGCAGAUACACCGACAAUUCGACGUACAGUUAAAUUAUCGAAUGAUCAAAAUGAAGAUAAAGAGCCUGUUAAUGUUAAUGUAACAGUUGUUGUUAAAAAAUUUUCUGGUACAAAUGAUGAUAGAACUUCACGUACAGUAACAGAAGCAUUUAUUGAAUCAAAACCUCAACAAUAUUUUGAACAUGUUCAACAUCCGCCAGCAAUUCUUCCACCAUCACCAGCAACAGAAGAUAAAGAAAAAUCUGAAGAAUCAAUUGAACGUCCUAAAACAACUGAACAACAACCAACAAAAUCUGAAGAACAAUUUAUUGAACAUCAUGAUCGUGAAAUACAUUCGGAUACCGAACAAAUAAUAACUGAAAAACAAAAACAUCAUCGUCGACCAAAACGUAUAUCACGUACAUGUCAAACAUAUGAAUGUGUUUUUCGUCGUAUGGAACGCGAACAACAUAAUGAUUUACGAGCAACAAGUGAUACAGAAAAAAAUAUUCAAACGCUUAAAUCACAAUUACGUCCAAGAAAAAAAUCACCGAAAAAAAAUCUUCCACUUUAUUUAUCAGCUGAUUCGUUUAGAGUUGAAGAAUUAUUACCAAAAUCAUUUCAUCAAUCACGAAGAAAUAUGUCAAAAUCAUCUGCACUUGCUCGUAGUUUAUCACCACAAGGUGGUAAAUUAUUAAUUCUUCGUCCAACACUUCCAUUUCAUCAUACGGAUGCUGUUAAUGUUCAACGUGUAUGUCUUCAAUAUGCUAUUGAUUUAAUUCCAAAUGAGAAUAUGCCACAUGGUACAAUGUCUACUCAUCGGAACAGAUCAAAUGUUUUUAAACAUCCCGAACAAACAAAUAGUUUGCCUAUGAUAAGUGGAUCAUCAUCAGGACUUAAUAUUCAAACAAAUAAAUCAAAUUCAAAAGAAAAAUCAGCUUCCAAUAAAAGUGAAGAAUAUAUUCAUCAACGUAAAACUGGUGGUGGUGUUUAA